AUGGCGGAUGUUGAAUUAACGAAAGCACUGAAAGAUCUGCCAAAUCGAGUUCAAACCGCAAGUAACGAGCGGCGAGAGAUUCUACAAAAUGUCGUCAAUGUGUUGUCAAAUCCUGGCAUUAAUGAGAAGAUUGUCAAUGGAAUUUGCAAAACUAUAUCCCUCACUUUACAUCGAUAUAAGGACACUGCUUCCCAAUCUUACAUGAAGAAUUUGAUCGUUGAAUUACUGAAAAAGCAACCUGAGGCUACUGUGAAGCACAUGACCAAUGUUGUUGUGGAGCAGGCUAUGUGGCAUAAGAAUGUAGUUCCUACUUUGAACACUGCUUUGACUGCAUAUCUCACACUAAAAUGGUCAACCUUAAUCAUUCUUUAUGGACACAAAAGUAAUACAGAUGUUAAUAUAGAACUUCCAAAACUAAUUGAAGCACAAGCAAAUUUAAGUGCAGCAGCUUUGGCAGCAAUGGAUAAGAAGCUAACAGAGAAAGUGUAUAUUUUACUGGCACAUCAGUGGUCAAGUGUUAAAGAGAUAGAGAUUGAGUAUCUGGAAACAUUGACAAAGCUGGAAGUUGGAAAUGGUGUGAUUGUUCUUGCUAGUUUGCUCACUAGAUAUUUGGUUAAUACAAAGAAGAGUGAACUAGUAGGAAAAUUAAAGGUAGAAAUCAUAGACGUUUUUAUAAAAGUAGCCAUCAGUUGCAAGAAGAAACCCGACUUAUACGUCGUUUACAAUGCAGUACCUCUCCUCCGUCGAAUAUCCCACGAUGAAUUCAAAAACCAAUUGCUGCCAGCUUUACAAAAAGCCAUGUUAAGAAACCCAGAAAUAAUUAUAGAAUCUGUUGGACAUAUUCUCUCUGGCUUAAGUCUAGAUUUAAGCCAAUACAGUCAAGAAAUAAGCAAAGGACUAUUUGCAAACCUCCACUCGAAAGAAGAUUUAGUACGAGAAGAAGCUGUAGGAGCUUGUCGUAGACUCGCUCUUCAAUGUUCUGACACUACUGCCUUGGAAAAUCUAUUGUCAUCAGUGUUCGCAGUGUUUCAUGGUCCCGAAGGGAAGCUCACAGUAACAACUCACAAGAUCUCCGUACUCCAAGGUGCCGGAAAUCUCAGCUAUAACGCUGCAUCAGGGAGCAGCGUUCAAAGAUUAGCAGAGACAGCCUGCGAGCAUUUUAUCAAAGUUUUAGAAACCGAAGUCCACGAAAAGACUCUAAUCUAUGCUUUAGAAAUGAUGGCAUUGUGGUCCAAUAAAUUCACAAAUAAUGUUCCAAAGAGUGUAAUAGAUGCAUAAAAAGGUAUGACUGCAAAAACUUCCACUGCCUCUGUGCGCACUGCUUACAUCAGACUCUUCUUUUCUACGCCCGUGGCUUCGUAUUCAGGAAUAAUUACCCCGUUAUUAGUUCAAGCAAUUACAAGAGCCAUACAACAGUGUGCACAGCCAGCUGCAGUCACUGAAGGCUUAGUCGCUUCUUAUUUAUUAGUGAAGCUGGUCCUUGCUAAUCAAGUGGAGAAUGAUAAACAAGCUGUAUUGUGGAACGCCAUCGACGAGCAGAUAUUCUUCUCAGAAAAAUUUCUCUCAACCUGUGGCGAUGACAUUUUGUACCAUCUCAUGUUAUUCUGUGAAAGGCUUAUUAUAGAAUUUGGAGAUAGGUUAAACGAGAAAGCUUUGAAUGGUGUACAUAGAGCAAUUGUUACAUGUGCAACAGCUCCAAAGUUCAGUACAAGAAAACGCUGCGCUCCACUGAUUAAAAAGGUCCUAACAGGUUUGAGUACGUACAAGCCUGCACAGGAAUUGUUAAUGGAGUUCAAUAGAUUUUUAGAGAACGUGAAAAUUAAAUCUGAGAAUGAUAGAGAGAACAAGGAAGAUUUAACCGGGGAAAUAACUGGCAGAUGUCUUGCGGAUGGUUUACUUGCUAUUUGCUCAGGUUCUUUUCUGUUCGAAGCCCCUCCGACGCAGAUGGCAAGAGAUGCAUUGAUUCCUUCUCACCAUCCAGCGAUUCUCAAAGCAAUGCCAAAUCUGUGGUUCAAGAUUGUGAAGAACUAUAAUCUCGUAUCAAAAGAUUUCCUUUGUUCGAUGAACCAUGAGAUAAAGAAGAUGCUUGUACAGAAUUACAAGCCUACUCCCAGUUACGAAAAUGCUUUAACGAAGGUGAUAUCAAUUAUUCCAGACAUUAUAAUGCCUGCGAUAGUGUCUAAUGUAACAAAUAAGCUUGAUGAUCCGGAAAUUCUGAAAGUAACCAAGGAUGAAUAUUUCACUUAUCUUACUCCGGAGGGAGAAUUGUACGACAGCGUACUCCCAACGAAUGAUGAGAAUGAUAUUCUUAACUCGAUGAACAUGAAACGGGAGAGCAAAGUGUAUUCAUUUAAAGAACAACAGGAGGAGCUCCAGCUGAGGCGAGAAUUAUACGAGAAGCGAAAGAAAGAAGGAAAAAUAAAGGAACCAAAGUUAACGCCUAAACAGGAAGAAAUUCUUAAAACUCAAAUGGCGAAGGAAAGCGCAAUCCGCAAAAAACUAACAGACCUAAAAUUGAAAAUAGAUAAUUCAGUAUCUCUAAUCAAAUGUGCGGUGCUUGGAAAUGGUCAAGAAUUAUCAUUACACUUAAAAGACCUUCUUCCAUCAAUUCUGAAGAAUUUAAGGUCACUGUUAGCUGCGCCCGCAAUGUCAGAGCUCUUCGUCCACCUGAAACAAAUCGUAAACAUAAAUAAUAAUCCAGUACUAAGUGAUUUAGUGGCUCACGUAACACUGAGGCAACUCCAACCCCAAUGUGACUUGAUCCCGGCGUGGGAGGAAGAAAACCUUGACAGUGCGGUGAAGAGAACCCUGAACCUCCUCCACGCAACAACGAUAAAGCAGAAGAAACUAUUCACUGCGCCUGCGUUUUGCUACAUCUUUCCAUUCAUAAAGAAGACACUGUUAACUUACAAGGACGAUAACAUGAUUGUGCAAGGAUUACAAAUAAUCCAAGAACACGCUAAACAGAGAGGAGCUUCUGAUUUCAGAGACACAAGGCAUCCGCAGUUACUUCCUCGUAAACACAUGUUUGAUCUCUUAAUGGAGUUGAUGGAGAUUACAACUGGGAGAGUGCAGACACAUGCAGUAGCAACUUUGCUAGAUGUAGCUCAGUCUGGUAGCGGUCAGCCAGGCACCGCGCUAGCAACCAGUGAGGAUAUAAAUUCCCUAACUGGAGCCUUACAAAAUUCCUUAUCCACCAUAAGAGACGCAGCUCUGAGAGCUUUAACAGUAGUGCGCCAAGCAUUUCCAUCAAAGAAAGAACACUGUGAACAAUUCUCCUGUCUCAUAAGAAGAAUAUGGAUCGCUAGGUUUGACAUCUGCGAUGAGAAUAAAAUUCUGGCGAAUGAAUUAUGGCAUGCAGCGGAUUUAGCAAUGGAGCCCGAUGUUUUAGCAGACGAGCUUAUUCAGGACAUUUCACACCCUGUAGAACCCAUACAGCAGGCUGCGGCAUGUGCCCUGGCGCAGUGUCUAACAGAGGUUCCUCAUUUAGUACCAAUGAUUCUGAACAAUCUUCUCCAGUUGUAUCAGGAGAAACUAGCAAUGAUCCCUCCAAAAUUAAACAACUUUGGACGUGUCGUAGAACAACCCAUUGACACUUGGGGUCCACGGCGAGGCGUAGCUCUUGCAUUAGCUCAGAUAGCUCCUCUGCUCACUGCAGACACGGUACUUAAAUUGGUACAAUUUUUUGUUUCGACUGGAUUGGGAGACAGAAAUCAAGCUGUGCGCACAGAGAUGUUAACAGCUGCCGUGGCUGUUGUGGAUCUUCAUGGAAAGACAAAUAUAACGUCUUUAUUACCGGUCUUCGAAGAGUUCAUGGACAAGGCGCCAAAGAUUGGAAGUUUCGAUUCUAUUAAGCAAUCAGUGGUCAUUCUUAUGGGAUCACUGGCUAGGCAUUUAGACAAAGAUGAUUCUCGUAUCAAACCAAUUGUAAUGCGUCUCAUUGCUGCACUUUCUACUCCAUCGCAGCAAGUACAAGAGGCUGUUGCUAAUUGUCUUCCGCAUCUUGUACCUUCUAUCAAAGAAGACGCUCCAAAGAUAGUGGAUAAUCUGAUGGAUCAAUUGUUGAAAUCUGAUAAAUAUGGAGAACGAAAGGGUGCAGCGUACGGUUUGGCAGGUAUAAUCAAGGGUAUGGGGAUAUUGGCGCUUAAGCAACUUGAUAUUAUGACCACAUUAACUAAUGCUAUUCAGGAUAAGAAAAACUAUAGGCAUCGAGAGGGAGCUUUGUUUGCUUUUGAAAUGUUGUGUACGAUGCUCGGGAGAUUAUUUGAGCCUUAUAUUGUUCACGUGUUGCCACAUUUGCUACUGUGUUUUGGGGAUUCGAGUCAAUAUGUGAGGGCGGCUACCGAUGAUACUGCCAGGGUUGUUAUGAGCAAACUUUCGGCACAUGGAGUGAAACUUGUGCUGCCUAGUUUGCUCGCGGCUUUAGAAGAGGAUUCUUGGAGAACUAAGACUGGGUCCGUUGAAUUGCUCGGUGCGAUGGCAUACUGCGCUCCAAAGCAACUCAGCAGUUGCCUACCUAGCAUAGUCCCAAAGCUCAUCGAAGUUCUCAGUGACUCCCACACAAAAGUCCAAGAAGCUGGUGCAGAGGCUCUUAAAGUAAUUGGAAGUGUAAUCCGUAACCCAGAAAUUCAAGCCAUCGUACCAGUCUUAUUAAAAGCCCUUCAAGAUCCAUCUCACAAAACAGCCACCUGUCUCCAAACCCUAUUGGAUACACAAUUUGUUCAUUUCAUCGAUGCACCAUCUUUGGCUCUAAUUAUGCCAGUAGUUCAGCGAGCAUUCUUGGAUCGGUCCACGGAGACAAGAAAAAUGGCCGCACAGAUUAUUGGAAACAUGUAUUCUUUAACCGAUCAAAAAGAUUUAACUCCAUAUUUACCGACAAUUAUUCCUGGACUGAAAACAAGUUUAUUGGACCCUGUGCCAGAAGUGCGCAGUGUCUCUGCAAGAGCACUGGGUGCCAUGGUGAGAGGAAUGGGAGAAUCCAGUUUUGAAGAUCUUCUUCCAUGGCUGAUGCAAACGCUUACUUCUGAAACGAGCAGUGUGGAUCGCUCAGGUGCUGCGCAGGGUCUCUCAGAGGUUGUUCGAGGCCUUGGUGUAGAGAAACUGCACAAACUCAUGCCAGAAAUUAUCAGCACAGCAGAAAGGACUGACAUAGCUCCUCAUGUCAAGGAUGGAUACAUCAUGAUGUUCAUUUAUAUGCCAAGUGCAUUCACUACUGAAUUUACACCGUACAUUGGACAAAUUAUUAAUCCUAUUUUGAAAGCGCUGGCUGAUGAGAACGAGUAUGUUCGCGAGACAGCACUCAGAGCAGGCCAGCGUAUUGUCACUCUUUACGCUGACUCUGCAAUUAUGUUAUUAUUACCUGAAUUAGAAAAGGGUCUAUUCGAUGACAAUUGGCGUAUCAGGUAUUCAUCGGUGCAGUUGCUUGGAGAUUUAUUGUACAGAAUCUCUGGAGUAUCUGGGAAGAUGUCUACCGAAACGGCAAGCGAAGAUGAUAAUUUCGGAACAGAACAAUCUCACUAUGCUAUUAUCAAUGCACUUGGCGCGGAAAGAAGGAAUCGUGUUCUGGCUGGAUUGUAUAUGGGCAGGUCUGAUGUUGCACUGAUGGUUCGUCAGGCUGCCCUUCAUGUAUGGAAAGUUGUUGUUACGAAUACUCCAAGGACACUGAGAGAAAUAUUGCCUACGUUGUUCACUUUAUUAUUGGGCUGUUUGGCGAGUACCAGUUAUGAUAAGAGACAAGUGGCUGCUAGGACUUUGGGAGAUCUUGUUAGAAAACUGGGGGAGAGGGUAUUGCCAGAGAUUAUACCUAUUUUGGAGAAAGGCUUGCAAAGUGAUCAGGCUGAUCAAAGGCAAGGUGUUUGUAUUGGAUUGUCGGAGAUUAUGGCGAGUACCAAUAAGGAUAUGGUGUUGACGUUUGUUAUCAGUUUGGUUCCAACAGUGAGGAAAGCAUUAUGCGAUCCAUUACCAGAAGUCCGCCAAGCUGCUGCGAAAACAUUCGACGGUCUACACUCAACCGUAGGAGUCCGCGCGCUAGACGACAUACUCCCAGCAAUGUUAACCCAACUAAAUUCUCCCGACCAGGCAGAAGCUGAAAACACUCUGGAUGGUCUUCGUCAAGUAAUGGCGAUAAAAUCCAGAGUCGUAUUGCCAUACCUAGUUCCUCAGUUGACAACACCACCGGUUAAUACAAAAGCAUUAUCAAUAUUGGCCAGUGUGGCUGGUGAAGCAUUAACUAGAUUCCUCCAUAAAAUCCUACCAGCAUUGUUGACUGCUCUAUCCAGUGCCCAAGGGACACCUAACGAAGUCCAAGAAUUAGAAUACUGUCAAGCAGUUAUUUUAUCUGUGACGGAUGAAGUUGGUGUCCGAACAGUGAUGGACCAACUUAUGGAGGCUACGAGGGCAGAGGAUCCAUCUAAAAGACGAAGUGCUGCGACAUUGCUGUGUGCUUUUUGCAGAGAUACGCGUGCAGAUUAUAGUCAGUAUGUUCCACAAUUACUGAGAGGACUCAUUCAUUUGUUCACUGAUGAUGAUAAAGAUGUGCUACAGAUGAGCUGGGAGGCCCUUACAGCAGUAACUAAAACUCUAGCAUCUGAUCAGCAGAUAGCUCAUGUCCAAGAUAUCAGACAAGCCGUACGCUUCGCAGUGUCUGAUUUAAGAGGACAAGAAUUAUUGCCUGGAUUCUGUUUACCCAAAGGAAUUACGCCAAUUCUUCCAAUAUUCAGGGAAGCUAUAUUAAAUGGUCUACCAGAAGCAAAGGAACAAGCAGCUCAGGGUCUUGGAGAGGUCAUCAAAUUAACCAGUGCAACAGCGCUACAACCAAGUGUUGUUCAUAUUACUGGACCUUUAAUUAGGAUUCUUGGAGAUCGAUUUAAUUGGAGUGUGAAAGCUGCAGUAUUGGAGACGCUUGCAAUCUUGCUUGGCAAGGUUGGAGUAAUGUUGAAACAGUUUCUACCACAGUUACAAACAACCUUUUUGAAAGCAUUAAAUGAUAGUAAUAGACAAGUGAGGUUGAAAGCUGCUUAUGCUUUAAGUAAUUUAAUUAUUAUUCAUACACGUGUUGAUCCUUUGUUUACGGAGCUUCAUACUGGGAUAAAGACUGGCGAUGAUCCGGCUAUUAGAGAAACAAUGUUACAAGCUUUAAGAGGUGUACUCACACCUGCCGGUGACAAAAUGACAGAACCGAUGAAGAAACAAGUCUUCGCUACUUUAAGUAGUAUGCUUGGACAUCCAGAAGAUGUUACAAGGAAUGCUGUAGCUGGCUGUUUUGGAGCACUUGUGAGAUGGCUUAGUCCAGAGCAACUUGCAAUUACAUUUAACGAUCAUUUAUUAUGUAACGAUACCAAUGUUGAUUGGAUGCUCAGACACGGCCGUUCAGCAGCAUUGUUUGUUGCAUUGAAAGAAUCCCCAACAACUGUAUACAAUGACAAAGAAAAGGACCGUGUCUGUACUGUAAUACUUUCCUAUUUAGCUGCGGAUAGAGUGCAAAUAGUUAUGAAUGGUGUAAGAGCUUGUGGUUAUUUGUUUCAACAUUUGAUGAACGAAGGGCAACCUAUACCUCAACAAAUACUGUCUCCAUUUGUACGGUCAAUGAACAACAAUAGCAACGACGUUAAACAAUUGCUAGCCAGGGUUUGCAUUCAUCUGGCACGUAAUAUACCACCUGGCAGAAUGUCUCCAGAACUACUUAAGUCAUUAUUACCUAUGUUAGUAAACGGAACAAAAGAGAAAAAUGGUUAUGUAAAAGCCAAUAGCGAACUUGCUCUUAUAGCAGUACUGAGAUUGAGGCAAGGCGAAGAAGAACAUCAACGUUGUAUGGCAUUCUUAGAUGUAGGCGCAAGGGAAUCUUUGUCGGAUGUUGUUAGCAAAGUACUGCGCAAAGUUCUCUCUCAACCUGAAGGAAAAAUAGAAGAACUGGACGAUACAUUACUCACGUGAGAGACAUUGUACGUCCUGGGGCUCAUUACGUACUACAUCCAUUUAACUAGACGUACUAUCAAUCAUUUUUAUAAAGAAACUUACUGUUCGUGUACUAGCUGCAUUAUAAAAAUUUUAGAUCACUCAACAUUGUAUCUCGAUAAUCAAUUAAACAAAGUUAAUUGUAACAAUCGCUCGAUGGCAUUCAAGUUACUUAAAUUAAGAUGUCCUAUUUACCGAGUGAUUCGAACGAAACUUGUAGAUACGUCUGUGAAAAAUGUUUCUUAUAAUCACAUGUUUUUUUGUUACGUGUUAAGUUCAGAACGUAUGAAAUUGGGAUACCAGAGUGGUGAGAAUAAUAUAUCAAAUAAAUUCAGUUUUAUUGUAUAUCUUCUUUUCACUUAUUAUCUCACGUCUUGUGGUAUCUUUUUAUCGUACUAUUACUUUUCAGCGGAAACAUAUUAUUCGUAUCAGGUAUUACAACAGUGUAUACCACUGUUUUAUACUGUAAUUAUAUAUUUAUACUUUAGAAUUACAUAAUUAUAACAAUUGUUGGCUAAACCAUAACGACGCGAUGCUUCUAGAUCUAUCAUUAAAGCGUCUUCGUUCAUAAUCUUUUAAUUUUUAAUUUUUCUGACAAUUACAUUGUUCAUCUUACCCACAAAUUCGCGAAUGUACGUAUUCUGUAUAUAUACUUUACAUACGCUACAAUUUAGCGGACUAAAGUGGGAUUUUAUACUUUUGUAUGUAAAUCUUUCAAAGUUGCAUCACCGUUGUUGCUCGCAAAAUGUUGAAUUCAAUUUUCUGGUAAUAAUAUUCAAUUUAUCAAAAUCGUUACAUAAAAAAGAAAAAAUACAGGACAGUCUUAAGUUAUGUUCUCCUUUGAACGAUUUAAUGUAAAGAUGCUAAUUUUAUAAAAUACUUUAUUAUUAUGAUAUUUAAAAAUUCCUAUGAAGGAUAAGGAAAAUGAGGGCGGUAACGUGAUGGACCAGAAGUAACGCGUAUACAUAUAUUGUAUUUUAGACAGAAAAGUGAAUCCGAAUCGAAUUAAGUUAUUCAAAAAGAAAUGAUAUUUAUGUUUUGUUUUUAUUAAUUUUAAAACUUUUCCUAACCGAAGAUCGUUUUAUCGUUGUAAAAUUUUCUAUUUUCUGCAAAUUAUUAUUUUUUUGCGACGAUGCGUCUUCUGUUUCACGUUCCUUCAUUUGCAAUUUUUUCUUAACGAGUAAUUGUUUCGUUGCCUCCAGAAUUAUUUCAUAAAACUCGAGAAACGUCAACUGCAAUGUUAAUAGUAUCCGAUUUUUCACAUUGUAAAUUAUACGUAAUGUCUGUAAAGUGUGCUGUAUCUGUCUCAGUGACAAAUGAUUGAGUUUAAAAAUAUAGAAUUUUCGCAAACUCUUUGAAUAUU